AUGUUUUCACUUUCAAAAGUUGGCGUUUCAUCAGCUAUUGCAAGAUCUAGUUUCUUCUCUAUUAGAACCUUGGCUCUGAAAGGAGAUUCGAUUCCUUCUACCAAAUUAUUUGAAAACUCACCUGGAAAUGACGUCGAUUUAAACCAAGAGACCGCUUCAGGAACUUCCGUCAUCAUUGGUGUCCCUGGUGCAUUUAGCCCAGGCUGUACAAAAAACCAUAUUCCCGAGUACUUGAAAAAUUUAGACGCUUUCAAGGGAAAAGGUGUUGAGCAAAUUUUCGUUGUUGCUGUCAAUGACCCUUUUGUUACAAAGGCUUGGGGUGAGCAAUUGUUAAAGGACAACUCAGCGCCAACAUCAGCAACAGAAGCAGUUCGUUUCCUUGCAGACUCUACAGGUGCUUUCACCAGAGAUCUCGGGCUUCUUUUUGACGCUACUAAAGUAUUCGGUAACGAAAGAUCAAAGAGGUAUGCAUUGCUUGUUAGAGAUGGAAAGGUUGCAGAAGCUUUUGUUGAGCCAGAUAACACUUCGGUUGACGUUUCGGCUGCUCCCAAGGUGUUGAAUAUUUUGCAAACUGAUAUAUAG